UACUAAAAAAAAAUACAGUAGGAAAAGGAUAAAGAACAAGAGUCCAAUGCGGUCUCUCGCUUUCUCAUUUCUCAACGCCCCACCGACGGCAGACGCCAUCGCCUGACCGUUCGAUCAUCAGAAUUUACCAGCCAAAAAAAAUCAAACAAUAGGUUUCAACUUUUUAACGACAACCGACAUUCCUUUCAGCUAACCACCACCACCAUCUCUCUCUCUCUCUCUCUCUCUCUCUCUCUCUCUCUCUCCACGCACAUAUAAUUAUAGUAAUAUUAAAUAUGUAGAUAUAAAUCGUAAUCCAGUCAUAUUCACGAAAAAGAUCUGUUUCUACUUCCUACCUUACACAGUGUCAUACUCUCCCCCGUUUAUUAUAUAGGAUAGAGUGAGGGGAGUCCUCAUUAUUGGUUGAUUUUUCGUUUUUGUUUUUUAAAGCUUUGGAUCGCGGCUGUGUGCUCCGCCAUUGUAGAGCUCUCAUUAUCAGCUAUUUACUAAGUUCCUUUUUAUUUCGGCGGAUUCAAGGUUGAUGUCCCAAGCACAUCAUGGGAUCUAAGAGUAACUCACCAGGCAGCAGGGCUCGGAGCCCGGUUUCUAUAUUCAUCGUACUAGGACUCUGCUGUUUCUUUUACUUAAUGGGAGCAUGGCAGAAGAGUGGGUUUGGAAAGGGAGAUAACAUAGCCUUAGAAAUAACCAAGCAAACAGACUGCAAUAUCAUUUCCACACUCGACUUCGAACCUCAUCACAACGAUGUUCCAGUAAUCGACUCUUUGGUGCCCAAAGCCAAGGAGUUCAAGCCUUGUGAUGCUAAGUACACUGAUUAUACUCCUUGCCAAGAACAGGACCGUGCUAUGACCUUCCCAAGGGAAAAUAUGGUGUACAGAGAAAGGCAUUGUCCCCCGGAUGAGGAAAAGUUGCGGUGUCUUAUUCCAGCACCCAAAGGAUACGUGACUCCAUUUCCCUGGCCAAGAAGCCGUGAUUAUGUCCACUAUGCUAAUGUUCCUUAUAAAAGCUUGACUGUUGAGAAGGCUGUCCAGAACUGGGUUCAGUUCCAGGGUAAUGUGUUCAAAUUUCCGGGUGGAGGAACGAUGUUCCCUCGUGGCGCUGAUGCAUAUAUAGAUGAGCUUGCAUCAGUGAUUCCAAUCAAAGAUGGUUCUAUCAGAACAGCACUGGAUACGGGCUGUGGGGUUGCAAGCUGGGGUGCUUAUCUGCUGAAGAGAAAUGUGUUGGCUAUGUCCUUUGCUCCGAAAGACAAUCAUGAAGCUCAAGUACAAUUUGCAUUGGAGCGGGGUGUCCCUGCUGUUAUUGGUGUUCUUGGGACAAUACAUCUUCCUUACCCAUCUAAUGCAUUUGAUAUGGCUCAAUGCUCUCGGUGUUUAAUACCAUGGACAUCAAAUGAGGGGAUGUACCUAAUGGAAGUUGAUCGGGUCCUGAGACCUGGUGGAUAUUGGAUCUUAUCUGGGCCUCCAAUCAAUUGGAAGACAUACUACAAGAUAUGGAAACGGUCUAAGGAAGAUGCCAAGGCAGAGCAAAUAAAUAUUGAAGAGCUGGCUGAGCUUCUUUGCUGGGAGAAAAAGUACGAGAAAGGGGAUAUUGCCAUUUGGAGGAAAAAAGUGAAUGCAAAAUCUUGCAGAAGGAAGUCUGUCAAUAUUUGUGAAGCCAAGGACGCUGAUGAUGUCUGGUACAAGAAAAUGGAGCCAUGCAUAACUCCUUUCCCUGAGGUAACCAGUGCCAGUGAAGUUGCUGGAGGGAAACUGGAGAAGUUUCCAGCUAGGCUUUUUGCAGUUCCUCCACGAAUUGCUGAAGGAUCUGUCCCUGGGAUCACAGCCGAAUCUUACCAAAAAGACAAUAAACAGUGGAAAAAGCACGUCAAUGUGUACAAAAGGAUCAAUACGUUAAUUGGCACUACAAGAUACCGGAACAUAAUGGAUAUGAAUGCGGGCCUUGGAGGGUUUGCAGCAGCACUUGAAUCAUCAAAAUCAUGGGUUAUGAACGUUGUGCCGACAAUUGCUCAGAAUACUCUAGGUGUUAUUUUUGAGAGAGGUCUGAUUGGCAUAUAUCAUGACUGGUGCGAAGGCUUCUCUACAUAUCCAAGGUCAUAUGAUCUCAUUCAUGCAAGUGGAGUAUUCAGCUUGUAUCAGAAUAAAUGUGAACUUGAGGAUAUCCUACUAGAAAUGGACCGCAUUUUGCGGCCUGAAGGAACGGUCAUAUUCCGUGACGAAGUUGAUGUGCUGAACAAAGUGAGGAAAAUAGUGGGAGGUAUGAGAUGGGACACCAAAAUGAUAGACCAUGAGGACGGCCCCCUGGUGACUGAGAAGAUUAUGGUUGCUAUCAAGCAAUAUUGGGCGGUUGGCAGCAGUGGAGGAAACGGCACAUCCCUUGGUGAGUCGUGAGUGAAACAUAGAUCAAUAGGGAUACAUAAGCUAUAAAUGAUCAUCACCGUUGGAAUUAAGUUGCUCUGCCAGCUUAAGAAGAGAAAUUGAAGUGCUCUGGUGGAUUGAUGCAAAGAGUGGGGCUUCGGUUCCUAGGAGAUGGCGUAUGUAAGUUACUUUUAUAUGCUACCGUUGAUAAGUAGGGUAAUGCGUAUACCAUUUGUAGGUGUCCAAAGAACUAGGCAACAAUGAAUGAUGUCAUUAUUUGUUACUGGGCCUUGUGAUAUAUUUUCAUUACAAUAUAGUUUUCAUUACUCUUUCGGUA